AACUUGCGAGUCAGAUAAGGUGGGCUGCCGGCUGUGUGACUGUCUGUGCCGGUGAUCAUGGAUCUUCUCUCUCCCUCCAUUUCUUAAAUUAAAAAUAAAUACUAAUUCAUUCUUCUCUCACGACUAAUUCCUGCCCACCUGUUUCUUCCUUUCCUCCAUUCACGCUUCUUGCACGGCUUUACGACGUUAACUCAAAAUUGCACCAUAAGGGAGGACAUCGAGCUUAUUAAUGAGCUCGGAGGGGAAGAUUUUGGCAGAUAUUUCUGUUAAUUGAUUCAAUUUUUGGGAAUUGAAGGGUUUGGGGUGUUGGAGGAGGAAUUGUGAUGUUCGCCUUCGGUCGACGGAGGAGCCCGCCUCGAGCCCCCAGAUCACCGGGCUUGAUUGGAAUGGAUCAGAUUGAAUCAAGGCGAAGGCCUCAUUUACUUGCUAAAGUUCUAUUGGCUAGUUUUCUCACCAUUCUCUGUAUAGUCAUUCUGAGACACUCAUCUGGUUCUGAUGGCUCAAACGUGUUCUCCAGGCAUGAGACAGGAGUUACUCAUGUCUUGGUAACAGGUGGUGCGGGUUAUAUUGGGUCGCAUGCUGCUGCUAGACUUCUAAGGGAUUCACAUAGAGUAACUAUUGUGGAUAACCUUUCACGGGGGAAUCUAGGGGCCAUAAAGGUUCUCCAAAAGCAAUUCCCUGGACCAGGAAGACUGCAGUUUAUUUAUGCCGAUCUGGGUGAUAGUGGAGCUGUAAACAAGAUAUUUGCAGAAAAUGCAUUUGAUGCAGUGAUGCAUUUCGCUGCUGUUGCAUAUGUCGGUGAGAGCACAAUGGAUCCUCUCCGUUACUAUCACAAUAUUACAUCAAAUACAUUGAUAGUACUAGAGGCGAUGGCUACACAUGGUGUGAAGAAAUUGAUAUAUUCAAGCACAUGUGCAACUUAUGGAGAGCCUUCUAAAAUGCCCAUUACUGAGGAAACUCCUCAGGUUCCUAUUAAUCCAUAUGGGAAGGCUAAGAAAAUGGCAGAGGACAUUAUCCAGGACUAUUCGAGGAAAUCGGAAAUUGGUGUGAUGAUACUAAGGUAUUUCAAUGUAAUUGGAUCAGAUCCAGAGGGCAGGCUUGGUGAAGCACCAAGACCAGAGCUUCGAGAGCAUGGACGAAUCUCUGGUGCAUGCUUUGAUGCUGCAAGUGGAGUAAUUCCUGGAUUAAAGGUUAGAGGAACAGAUUAUAGCACCCCUGAUGGUACCUGUAUUAGAGAUUACAUUGAUGUGACUGAUUUGGUGGAUGCACAUGUUAAAGCAUUGGCUAAUGCUCGUCAUAGUGAAGUACACAUAUAUAAUGUUGGCACUGGCAAAGGAAGGUCAGUCAAGGAAUUUGUAGAAGCUUGUAAGGCUGCAACAGGAGUCAAUAUUACAGUAGAGUAUCUUGAUCGGCGGCCUGGAGAUUAUGCAGAAGUGUAUAGUGAUCCCUCCAAAAUUUAUCAAGAGUUGAAUUGGACUGCAAAAUAUACGGAUCUCAAGAAAAGCCUUAGUAUAGCCUGGGAUUGGCGGAAAAAGCACCCUGAUGGAUAUGGUUUUUCAUCUAGGGCCAUAAUUUGAUUUUAUUAAGUUAUACAGAGAGUUGAGUAUUGAUCUGUUGCAGUUCAUUGGUAAGAGAUGCCCUUGGUUAUCCGUCGAUUCUGGGAUAUGCCAAACUUGAUUUGAAUGUACAGUAUAUCAGGAAGUGAAAAUGGGCAUUUUUAGGAAAUAAGUGGGCUACAGGAGUAUUUAUUGAGCUUAUUCUUUUCAUCCAGCCCAGAUGCUUGGUGAAGAUCUAUUCCAUUUAUUAGUAUUCUAGGUUGGAGGUGUGCAUUUUACAAAGAGAUGCAGAUCCUAUAGAUUUUGUAUGUUUAUGGAAAACUAGACAAGCAAAUAUUUUGCUUCGAAUCACAUUGUAAACUUAAUGAAGAUUUAGGAGUUAAGAGUCU